AUGACUCAUAACCAUAUGCCAGCAAAUUCUCCUGGGCCUUCUACUCUACCUGUUCUCAGUGGCACAAAGCCAGGUAUCAUUGAUCCCACUCAAUCGUCACGUCUUCUUCGAACGCCGGACUCAAGUCUCUCCUUCGCAUCUUUUGACCCCCAUGUCGCGACUCCGCCAGAUGUUUCUGACCUUCGCAAGCUCUCGUUGAACGAAGAACUCUACAGGCCAAAGCGCAUCGUUCUAGAGACGUUGCCGACUGGGCAAAGUUUCUGGCGUUUCGUUCCGAAUGCGGCAAGAGAGGACGGCGUGCUUGACGAGGGGACCUGGCCACGAACCGUUGAACUUUAUAGGCAGCUCGUCAACUGCACUCAAGAGCAGUGGGACAUCUACAAAUUGGAUCCUUUUUAUGAGUGCCUUGUCCGUGCACCACCUUCCUUGAGCACCAUUACUCGAACUAGGCCUCAACCACGAGAAAAAGGCCCAGCGUCGGGGGAGAAGCGCCAUUCAUCCCCAGUGCCUGCGCCCAUUUCGGAUCAGAGGAAGAAAGCUCAUAUUUUACAAUCGGAUUCUAGCUCAGACGAAGAGCAAAGUGUAGAGGACGAAGAGGAGGACGAAGUCAUUGAGAUGAUUGUGGACGAUGGCAGAAGAUCGAGGGGACCAGAUGAUCCACAUUACGCCAACGAAGAUUAUCUCCGCAACACGGUUAACUACGCUCCAAAGUACCAGAAACGCACUCGCACCGUUUCGCCCUCAUCUACAAAACGAGAAUUGGAGGCAAAACGACUAGAACGUGAGAAACAAAAACGCGAACGCCGGGAGCAAGAAAUUCUUACUCGAAGGCAGCUGCGUGAACAACGGUUCAUGAGCGAAAUCCUUGCUGACGUGCCCGAAGGAGAAGCUGAGACCGUUGAUGAGGAAAGCAUGGACGGUUUUAAUUCAGGAUUAGAUCCUGAGGAAGCUGAGCGGCGAGCGAAAAUUGAAGAAUCACGUCGCAAACUUGCGCAGCUCGAAGCUGAUCGUCCUUUAUGGGAAGAAGAGGCUAAAAAGCGUGCCAUUAGAGAAAAGGCGGAGGCGGAAGCUCGACAGGCGAGAGCUGCAGCGCAUAAGCGCGAAGAAGUCAAAAGACAGGAAGAACGUCGGGCCCGAGAACAGCAGGAGGCCGAGCAGCGCGAUAACGCCCGCCAGCAGGAUAGGCAGGAACGGGCCAGACGAGAGCAUGAACGGCAACAACGGCAACAAAGGUGGUCAUCUGGGCCGUGGACGCCGCAACGAGCCUUGGAAAAGUACAAAGCGAUGAGUGAAUAUUUUGAUACAACGAAGUUCUGCGACUUGGAGCCCCUUACGGUGGAUUCUGUCCCUUGGCCGGUUUUACACCCACCGUCAAGAUUCUCGGUGGAGGAUGUCCAAUGGGCAUCGGUGGAAGAGUUCUUCGCCGUUCUGAAGGGACAGAUGCGACCUCAAGACUUCAAAACAUUUGUUGAAAAAAGCCAUCGCAGAUUCCAUCCAGAUCGUUGGAGUAGCAGAUCGUUAUUAAAGAGUGUUGUGGAUGAGGCGGAAAGGGAUUCACUGGAAGUUGCACGCCUCCAGUGGGCGCCUUCCUGCGAUCUCCACGUCCUUCAUCGACACUGUGCUCAAUUGCAACCCCUUUUAUAUUAUGUCUGUGGUGGAUCUCCCCCUUCAAGAUGCCCCGCUACGCAGAAUCAGAUCUGCUGGAGAUAUACCUCGCCGAACGGACCUUCCGCAUCCAGGACAAGCCUCACUCAGGAUCCAUCCAUACCCGCUACAUUAUCCCCUAGGUUGGUUCAAAGUUUGGAAACAGCGCCUACGGCAGCAAACAAUACAAAUUCAGAGCACCAAGGUUUCCCAGAUCCUCUAGUCGCCGGUUCGCUUGAUCAGCGAGAUAGACAUCAGCAACGCAGGUCUUUGUACUCUAGGACUCUCGCUUAUUUCGGGGUGGGACGGGGCGCGUCACACGCUCGGAAGUCCCUUGUCUCCCUAAUCUGGAACCUUUCAUGGGGUUUCUCGCAGGUUAUCGUAAUAUCAACCCUUUUGGGAUUGUCUGGGACCGUCUUUAAAAGUCCCACCAAGCCUGGAAUCAGCGAAUGGAAGGCUUGUGAUCGGCCCCUGGGUAUUUGGGCUUGCCUUUGGAUCGUUAGGGUGGCCCUUGCGUCCGUGUUAGCUUAUUGGGAAUUCACAAGAGAUCGCCUUAGUCACGCACCGCGUACCGAGGUGGAAAUUGGUGCUGUUUCUCCCGCAUCAAGCGCGCAGAACCCUCAAUUGGCAAAUUUACACGGAGGCGUAGCAACGCGGCGAGCUAACAACACACCACUAUCUCCCGAAGAUGCUCAAGAACCUGUCGUCCUGCCCCAUACUCAACUUUAUUCUCGCUUGACACUCCUUUCUUCGUUAAUGACUCUUACCUGGUUCUUGACAGCCCACAUUCUAGAGUACACGUCUGUUCACACAUGUCGACACUCUUCCCCUCAUCUGUGGUGGCUGACAUUUGGAAUUCUCUGUAUAAUGUAUCUUAUGGUUCUAGAGGUUCUGCUUCUGGGCUUCAUUGUUUUGAUUGUCGCACCGAUCCUUUUCGUCUUUUGGAAUAUCUUCCUAAUAUGCAUUGGCCGUCACCCAUUGCAAAAUCCCCACAUGAUCAAGCCAGAAAUUGGAAAGUUGUCGAAAUCUGUUGUUGAUCGUAUUCCGCUUGUGAUGUACAUACCCCCUCCUCCGAAUUCCGCGUCUGAAGGGUCCAAUAUCCCUGGGCCCUCCCACUCAUAUCCGCCAAAAAUCUCUGUUGAGUCAAGGCCCCCUAAACACCGCUUUAAAUUCUUUAGGAAAAUACCACUGCUUGCUGGAAAAAAGGGUGAAGCAAAGGCUUCAGGAAAUUCUUCUGGAAAUCCAAUGGAAAAAGCUGAAAAUGAAGAGGACCCAGAGUCUUGGGAAGGACAUUGGGAACGGAGCGAUUAUCCCUUUGUCGUUUUGGAAGGGAAUCGUGCUGCAUGCGCUAUCUGUUUGAUGGACUUUGAAGAACCCAAGCGAAAGAAUUUUGUAUCUGGCACAGGAGCCGAACUCGACGGCACUCCUGCGGAGACGCCUGCAAAACUAGCGUCGUCUGUACCCGAAAUAUCUGUCGUUGACGAGGAGGAAAGAGAGGAACAAUUGAAGCUUGCUGACGCUGGCGACGGUGCGCAACCGUUGAGACUUCUAGCUUGUGGCCAUGUUUUUCAUAAAACUUGCUUGGAUCCCUGGCUUACCGACGUUUCUGGGCGAUGCCCAGUAUGCCAAAGAGCGGUCGAGAUUCUUCCUUCUAAACGAUCUCGGAGGGAGCGACGAAGAAAUCCCUGACGCCAUCCGACAUGAUCGUUCAGUUGUGCAUUCAUUGUGUUUAUAGUAGUCAUACAUUCAUGGUACAUUACCCCACCUUUUUUUGCAGUGUACGUAUAUUUCAUCGAACGGGCACAUUUCUAGACAUAUAUCAGUGGUUGCCACACC